CCGACUCUGCUCUUGCUGUUUCAGCUGAAAUUUGGCAAUUUUAGGUCUCAGCUCAGAUUCAGCAGACUAUUCUCAAUGGGGAAGAAAAAAACGGAUGAGGCUGGUGCAACAACAAAAACCAAGUCGAGCAGUAAAGAACUUUCAAAAGAUGGGAAAAAACUCUCUGUUUCGGCCAUGCUUGCCAGCAUGGACCAAAAACCUGAUAAACCUAAGAAGGGAUCAUCCUCUUCAAAUGCUUCUGGUAAAUCCAAGUCAAAGGCCGCAUCGAAGCUCCCAUCUUAUACUGACGGUAUUGAUCUCCCUCCCUCAGAUGAGGAGGAUGAUAAUUAUGCCUCAGGGGAAGAGCAAGAAAAGAUUGAUGUCCAAAAACAACUCAAUAGACAACAGAGAAAUGAAACAAAGCAGCUAGAAAUCUCUGUAACUGACAAAGAAUUGAAGAAACGAGAAAAGAAGGACAUGCUUGCUGCAUAUGCUGUAGCGCAAGCUAAGCAGGACGCCCUCAAGGAUGAUCAUGAUGCUUUUACUGUUGUUAUUGGUAGCAGGGCUUCAGUUCUUGAUGGUCAAGAGGAUGCAGACGCAAAUGUCAAGGACAUAACAAUUGAUAAUUUCUCUGUGUCAGCCCGUGGGAAAGAACUUUUGAAGAACACAUCGGUGAAGAUAUCCCAUGGGAAAAGGUAUGGUUUGGUUGGACCAAAUGGAAUGGGCAAGUCUACACUAUUAAAGCUUCUUGCUUGGAGGAAAAUUCCAGUACCCAAAAAUAUUGAUGUGCUUUUGGUUGAACAAGAAGUAGUUGGCGACGACAGAAGUGCCCUUCAAGCAGUUGUUUCAGCUAAUGAGGAACUGGUCAAGCUCCGAGAAGAAGUUGCAUCUUUGCUGAAUUCAACUUCUGCCACUGGGGAUGAGGACAAUGAUGAUGGGGAUGAUGUAGGAGAGAAGCUUGCUGAACUGUAUGAUAACUUGCAGAUCUUGGGGUCAGAUGCUGCUGAAGCUCAGGCAUCAAAGAUUCUUGCUGGGUUGGGUUUCACCAAGGAAAUGCAAGGCCGUCCUACCCGAUCAUUUAGUGGUGGCUGGAGGAUGAGAAUAUCACUGGCUAGGGCGCUUUUUGUGCAGCCAACUCUAUUGUUGCUGGAUGAACCCACCAAUCACCUCGACCUUAGGGCUGUUCUCUGGUUGGAAGAGUACUUGUGUCGUUGGAAGAAAACUUUGGUGGUUGUUUCUCAUGAUCGAGAUUUUCUCAACACUGUCUGCACUGAGAUUAUUCAUCUCCAUGAUUUAAAGCUCCAUUUCUACCGUGGAAAUUUUGAUGAUUUUGAAAGUGGGUAUGAGCAGCGCCGCAAAGAAAUGAACAAGAAGUUUGAGAUAUAUGAGAAGCAAGUGAGAGCUGCUAAGAGGUCAGGAAACCGGGUUCAGCAGGAGAAGGUGAAAGAUCGAGCUAAAUCUGCUGCUGCUAAGGAAGCAUCAAAGAGCAAGGCAAAGGGAAAAGUUGAUGAGGAUGAGCCCCUGGCAGAGGCCCCAAAGAAAUGGCGGGAUUACAGUGUCGAAUUCCACUUCCCUGAACCUACUGAGCUGACACCACCACUUUUGCAGCUAAUAGAAGUCAGCUUCUCUUAUCCAACCCGUGAGGACUUCAGGCUCUCCAAUGUCGACGUGGGUAUUGAUAUGGGGACUCGUGUUGCUAUUGUGGGGCCAAAUGGUGCUGGAAAAUCUACACUGCUGAAUCUUCUUGCCGGUGAUUUGAAUCCAACUGAGGGUGAAGUACGAAGGAGCCAGAAGUUGAGGAUUGGCAGAUACUCACAACACUUUGUGGACCUACUGACCAUGGACGAAACACCAGUUCAGUAUCUUCUUCGACUCCAUCCUGAUCAAGAGGGACUUAGCAAGCAGGAGGCUGUUCGGGCUAAACUUGGGAAAUUUGGACUCCCUAGCCAUAAUCAUCUUACUCCAAUCGCAAAAUUAUCUGGAGGGCAAAAAGCGCGAGUUGUCUUCACUUCGAUUUCUAUGUCAAAGCCACACAUAUUAUUGUUGGAUGAGCCUACAAAUCAUUUGGACAUGCAGAGCAUUGAUGCCCUGGCCGAUGCUCUAGAUGAGUUCUCUGGUGGAGUUGUCCUGGUCAGUCACGAUUCAAGGCUCAUAUCACGUGUUUGUGAGGAUGAAGAGAAAAGUGAAAUUUGGGUUGUAGAAAACGGAACAGUGAUGUCAUUCCCAGGAACAUUUGAAGAGUAUAAAGAGGAGCUACAAAGAGAAAUUAAAGCAGAAGUUGAUGAUUGAGGAGACACUCGAGGUAAAAAGUGUCGAUGGUUUUAGUCUCAUUAUACAAUUUUGCAUGCAUUUUUCUUGUCUUUGUAUUGUAUUAAGUUAUAUUGAUUUACCAAAACAGAAAGCAUCUUUAAUCUAUAUAUGUGAGUGUAAUCAUCUAUUUAGCGGGAAUUGUUGGAUAUAAGAAUCCCAUUAAUUUUAAACUUUGCCAUGCCUGUACACAUUUACUGUUACAUUAAUAAAUUUUUUUGGCUCGGGUCAUCAUUCUAACGGAGAAGAUCU